AUGGAAGCACCUGACGCCCAAUUGUGUGCAUCAUGCACCAAAGUGAUCCAGGACAUUACAGCUCAUGACCCCAACAGCAUUCCUCAGAUUUACUUGGCCGAUUUCUGCUCUACCAUCUCCUCCUGCUCCCUUUGCUACUUCGUGAACCAGGUAUUUCAAGAGGAGGGCUAUGGGAAGGACUUGGAGCCUUGUGACGAUGACGAGGGCCGCCGGCUUCUGCGAGAGCGGUACUUCCAGCUUUGGGUCCGACAAGGAUCGGCGAAAGACCCCGUCCACUUCCAAGAGGAUGACAUGCCAGGAAUAUGCAUCAUGGAGAUCAAGUACAACAGGAACAGCCACGACUAUGCUUGUUUUAUCUUUGACGGCUUCGAACGAUACGUCCGGUUCUCUGCGGAGCCAGGCAGCCCAGCAGCUACCUCAGGAAAAGUCCACGCCGGCCCCACAAUCACUGCAUCCGGCUCUCCCGAAUCCUUUGCCCACCUCAACACCCUCUACUCAGGCUGUCUAGAGCACCACGCCGAAUGCCGCAAAACCCUGGGCGGCACCACCAUCGACGAAUCCCAGCCGCCCGAUCUCCCCGCCCACAUCCUCGACCUGGGCGACGACCCCUCCUCCACCUCCAUCCGCCUCCUCCAACCCUCGCAGGGCCAACGCGGCCACUACGCCGCGCUGUCUUACCGCCGCGACCCAUCCACCACCACCACCCCCGCCUCCGCCUCCAUCCCCCUCUCCACCCUCCCCCAAACCUUCCAAGACGCCGUGACUGCCACCCGCGCCCUCAAUCUGCGCUACCUCUGGAUCGACGACCUCUGCCUGCAGCCGUCCCCCACCACCGCCCCACAAACCGGCCCCAUCUUCACCCACGCCCGCCUCGUCCUCGCCGCCUCCGACGCCUCCACGCCCUCCGCCGGCCUCCUCCGCACCUACCCCGCCCGCCCCUCCAUCACCCUCCCCUUCCUCACCACCUCCGGCAACCGCGCCGGCACCAUCCUCGCCGAACUCCGCCCAGACGAGUCCAUCCUCGACCCCGAGCAGGGCCCGCUCAACCGCAGCGCGUGGGCGACGCAGCAGUACAUCCUCGCGCGGCGCGUGGCGUACUUCACGGCCGGCGCGGUGGUGUGGAGUUGUCGCGCGUGCCCGCACCGCGCGCUGUGGGAUGACGGGGUGCUGUGGUAUGCGUAUGGCCGCACGAAGACGAAGUGGGCGCGGUUGGUGAUGGAGUAUUCGACGAGGGAGUUGGAGGUGAGGGGGGAGAAGUUGGUGGCGUUGGAGGGGGUGGUGGGGGAGUUAAGGAAAGUAAGGGACAGUGGGGGGAAGGGGGAGGGGGGGGAGCAGGGGCAGAAGGAGAAAAAGGAGAAGGUGAAGUGCGUGUACGGGACGUGGACGGAUGCGUUGGCGUCGCAUGUGCUGUGGUCGAGGGUGGGGAGGCCGGGGUCGAUGAGCAGGCCGGCUGAGCUGGAGGCCGUGGCGCCGACGUGGUCGUGGGCGUCGACUGAGGGCGGCGUGCACAUGAGUGAGUUUGAGUUCGGCGACAUUGACACGGACAGCGAUACCGACAGCGACGACGACAGCGAUGACGGCGACGACAAGGAUGCCAGAAGCGACAGCGCUGGCAAAACGGACAAGGGCAGCCGCCCCCCGCGGGCAAACGCGGAGCUGGCGAUCGAUGAGGAGGAUAAGCGGAGGAUCAGGGUCAAGGGGAAGCUGGGACGCGUGGAGCUACGCGUCAUCGAGGACCCGGAUCCUUACAUGCAUCCGUGCGACUGCCAGGUGUAUUCUGAGGACGGCAAGUUAAUUGGGAUGGCCGCGACUGAUGUUGGGCUGGGCGAGGGCGUCAAGACGGCAACGGCCUUCUGCCUGGCCGUGUUGUUUCACCCGUACAACUUUUCUGGCGGAUCUUACAUGACACUCUUUGUGCAACCACGAGAGGAUGGCUCUGAUCACUACGUUCGGAUGGGCAACGGAGCAAUCACGAAGAAGAAGUGGGUUGAUCAAUGGGAUUACUCGGAGUUGUACUUGGUGUAG